CUUGCACCGGGACCAUCCAGCUAUCCAGCUUUUAGCGCUCAAAUUUGGAGACGAUCAUCAAGUCUUGACUUGAAACGCACGGCCGGCGAUGUGCCACCAUUUUCAAACGUGGGCCCGCAAAGAGAAGGUAUUUCACACUGGACUCUGAACCUGACCCAUCAAGGCGUCGCAUAUGGUGAAGCAUGCCGGCGACCGCUCAAGUCCCACCCUUCCUAGCAGCCUCCUUUUCAGCUCAGCUUGGAGAGGAAGCCUUAUCCAGCCUCGCGGUACCAGCUGGAGCGCGCCCCGCCUCUGCUUCUGCACCUCCUGCUCCUACCUUUGACGUUGCAGGCACAACCGUCGUUGCGGACGUUCAGAGGAAUCUCUCGAGCAGUCCGACUACAGCCGACUGUACCACAGACGGCAAGGAUGUCAAGGAGUCGAAAGCUCAGCCGCUCGGUCAGCCGGCCGUCUCAGGUUCAGCGACGUCCUCGGACCAUGUCAAGCUUGCACGGGUCUCCAAGGGCGGGUCGGCUGCUGCUGCUCCCGUAGGCGCCACCCUGGACAUUUGGGCAGCUCAAGCUCUCGUCGUGCCUCCCCUCAACUUCGACAUGGUUGUGCCGGGCGUGUACCGAUCUGGUCAUCCCAACGAGCGCAACUUCGAAUUCAUGCGCAGACUUGGCCUCAAGAGCAUCAUGUACCUCGCAGCCGAGGACUACCGUCCGCACGUCGUUUCAUGGGCAGAAGAGAACAAAGUCAAGGUUUUGCAUCACCGAAUCAGCGUCAACAAGGAACCUUUCGCAGAGAUGGAGCCCGAUGCCGUGGCUGCGGCGAUGGGCGACCUGCUCGACCGUAGAAACUUGCCAAUGCUCGUACAUUGCAACAAAGGCAAAUAUCGCGUUGGAGUGUUCGCAGCACUCGUACGUAAGCUCCAAGGUUGGACCUUGACCUCGAUUUAUGCCGAGUAUGAGCGAUUCGCGGGUCAGAAAAUCACAGACGAAGAGGUGCGUCAGUGGAGUUGCGGUCCCAAAGUGCCAUCUAAUCAAGGUUGCUCGCCACUUCUCAUUCGCAGUUCAUUGAUCUUUUCGAGCUGUCCUCAAUACGGUGCGACCCAGCAUACAAGCCAGGCUGGUGUGCUAGGUAAUCAAGCGCUGGUGCUGCGUGAGCCAAGCGUGCGGAAUUUCGGCAAGGUCGUCGUUCAUCCAUUGCACAACAAGCAUGACUUCCAGCACGACAUCAUCGCAAUAGCCCUUCUGUCGGCUGACGCCUAGCCAGAUCUUCGCCCACUGCAUGCG